AACAGCGCGUUAAGAACGGCAGGCACGGGUACAGUAACGCCGGCGGUACAGUACACCGACGCCACGCCCUUGGGCGUGCUUGACAGCCGGCCGAAGCUGGGCUUUAAGGGCAUCUCUGGGAAGCGGCAGCUGGUGGCCGGCGUGAACCGCGCUUACAGCGGCACUCAGUUCGACCCGUGGAUUCCCGACUCUGCUGUGUGCGUUGGAAGGCUCUACAUUGUACAGAUCGUCAACUACGCCAUUGUGAUAUACAACAAGCGAGGCAAGAUAGUUCGCCUGCCCCAACCACUCAACGAGUUCUUUGGAGUGAUGCCGGCCAACUCCACCCGCCCAGGCGACUUCAUAAACAAAGCCACGUGCGUCUUUGACGCCUCGUCAGGCCGGUUCUUCCUCGCUGCUGCAUGGCUCUCGGGUGGGUAUCGCAACAAGUGGGACCGGUUUGGGCAGACGAGGAGGAACGCGGAUGGGAGCACGUCGGGGUAUGGGAUCGUGGUGGCCGCCUCCUCCUUCCUCACGCCCAUGAUGGCCUGGAACGUCUUCUUCAUUCCUUCCAGCAACGACGGGGUAAAGUCUCACAACGACACAGCCCCGCCGCUGAGAUACCCCGGCAGGGUCUACUGGGGGGCCACCCCUCGCAUCACGGUGGACCGUUACGGAGUGUACCUCACCACGCGGCAGUAUGCCAUGCAGGGGAAGCUGGGGCGCUUCGUGGGCAGCAACAUAUAUGCGAUACACAAGCCCAAGCUCUACCUGCGCUCAUCCAAGCGGGUGGUGCGCUUCGCCAUCCCCAUGAUCAACUACAACAGCUUCCCUGUCUUCGGCCUCGAGCCGCAGUCCCCCCGAGUCCCCCGCCUCUCCCGUUACCGCGGGCAGGACACAGUCUUCUUUGGCUGCAUCGACAUCUCCUUCACCUUCCCCCUCCCCCACACCUCCCUCGCCCUCUGGUCCCUCUCCGAUACCUCCUCCCUCAUGCUCCCACACCCCACCCUCCGGCUCCGCUACUCUAUCAUCAACACUCCCGCGUAUUAUGAUUCAGACUAUGCCAAGCAGAAGGCCGGGCCGGCACCGUAUGAUACUCCCCAGGAUGUGGUUCCUCCGACGUCCACGUCUGUAGCGUGGUUCAAGGGGCACGUGUGGAUGGCGUUUCCGUCCGGCUACAGCUUGGACCCGACCUCGGUGCCGUCUGUAGCGCUGGUGAAGCUUCAGCCGUUCCUGCGGGGGAAGAGGUCGUUUCCAACCCUGGUGAAGAAGUUCGGGAUUUAUGGAGUGCCGGGGCAGAGCCUGCUGAGCCCUGUGAUUGGCUUCAACAGCAAGGGCAGGGGCAUUCUUGCAGCGACGCUGAUUGGCUCUGAGUACUUCCCUACAGCGGCUUAUGUCCGCAUAAAUCAAAAAGGAGUUAUUGUCGCUUUGCUCCCCUGCCCUGCCCUUUCCCUCUCCUGUCCAUCCCCUCCGUUUCUUCCCCAUCCUGCUGACCUCACAGCACACACUCCCCUCCUCCCUCUCUCGCUACUCACCUCCUGUCCAUCAACCCCCCAUUCUCACCCUCAACCCUUCCUUUCUCAAUCACCACGGCUCGUUCCCUCGAUUUUGUCAUGGAAGCUGGUCAACAGGCUGCUGAGGGAGAUUAUCCAGGGCACAUAG